AUGGAGGAAAUUUACGCUAAGUUUGUGUCUCAGAAAAUCAGCAAAACUCGUUGGCGGCCGAUGCCCCAGGGGAGCCUGCAGACUGCAGAGAUCUUCGCGACGGGCUCUUGGGAUAACGAGGAAAAUUAUGUUUCACUGUGGUCUUUUGGAGAUUUUGGCAACUUCGACUCGGAUGGAGGUUUUGGAGGAGACCAUCAGUUAUUGUGUGAUAUCAGACACCAUGGUGAUGUAAUGGAUUUGCAAUUUUUAGACCAGGAAAGAAUUGUAGCAGCUUCAUCAACAGGAUGUGUGACUAUUUUCCUUCACCAUCAGAAUAACCAGACACUGUCAGUCAACCAGCAGUGGACAACAGCGCACCACCACACUGGGCUGGGCAGUCCCUCCUAUAGCAGCGCCCCAUGCACUGGGGUCGUGUGCAACAACCCUGAGAUCGUCACAGUCGGUGAAGAUGGUAGGAUAAAUCUCUUCAGAGCUGAUCACAGGGAAGCUGUGAGAACAAUAGACAAUGCAGAUAGCAGUACGCUACAUGCUGUAACCUUCCUUCGAACUCCUGAGACUCUGACAGUAAAUUCAAUUGGACAGUUAAAAAUAUGGGAUUUCAGACAACAAGGAAAUGAGCCUUCUCAGAUAUUAUCACUGACUGGUGACCGAGUGCCACUCCACUGUGUUGACAGACAUCCCAACCAGCAGCAUGUUGUAGCCACUGGUGGCCAGGAUGGAAUGCUGAGCAUUUGGGAUGUCAGACAAGGUUCUAUGCCAGUGUCUCUUCUGAAGGCUCAUGAAGCUGAAAUGUGGGAAGUUCACUUUCACCCGUCCAACCCAGAUCAUCUAUUCACUUGUUCUGAGGAUGGAUCCCUCUGGCAUUGGGAUGCCUCCACAGACAAACCUGAGAGAUCAUCACUCUUUCAACAAGGUGGAAGAAGUAGUACUUUUUUGUCUCAUAGCAUAAGUAACCAGGCUAAUGUCCACCAUUCUCUACUAAGUUCCUGGCUCAGCACUGAUCCUGCCAAAGACCGGAUUGAAAUCACAAGCUUGCUUCCCAGCAGGACUCUGUCAGUAAAUAGUUUAGAUGUUUUAGGUCCUUGUCUUGUUUGUGGAACUGAUGCAGAAGCAAUUUAUGUUACUAGACAACUUUUUUCAUGAAAGUGCCAUAAUUAUAAGAUUGCAAGUAAACACACAGCCUUUUGAAUUUCAACUUAUGAGCAAAAUUGUUAUUAGAAAACGUAAGGUGGGCAGUAGAAACAUCAGUAAGCUUGUUAAUAUUGAUGGCCCAGUUUCAACUUUUGUUAGUUAGACAUUCCUAUAAUAGUUGCAGAAUCCAGUAGAUACCUGAUGGUAAAGAAUUUGAAUAUGUGCAAAAUAAUCAAAGGAACUCUUGUCCUGCCUUCAAACAAACUAUUUUUGAUAGCCUAUGGAACCAGCCCUUCAUUUUUGAUGUUGGAGGACAUACUGUGUUAGAUACCACCCUCCCACCACCCCCCCAACUGGUUCCUGUAAUUUUAUGAUCAGUAUGUAGGUCUACCCAUCCUUCGCAGCAUUCACCAGUGUUCAUGUUUAUUCUCUUUAUUGCAAGCAUUUUCUUCAGUCCUUCCACAUCUUAUUUCCUUAAUAAUUUGGAUAAAUUUUUUUCAGAAAAUGAGUAGAGCAAAAAUAACAAAUUUAUACUCAGGUUCAAAACUUUUUAAAGGUGAAAAUGUAUUGACAAGUUCCUUUAUUAUAGUAGUUUUGAACAGAACUCAGUCAACUGCUUUAG